CUAACAGGUCGAGCGCGUCUUGACUAACUCUCUAAACCAAACACUCCGAGAAUCCUAACUGCAUACAAGCGACAACCCAGCUAAAAUAUGAACAGUCAAAAUUGGGGUCUCAGGGAUUUUAAGGUGAAUGAAUGUCUUUGAUUCUAAGUCGGUAUAUCAUUAAUUCGGUUCAGUUUGCUAUUGGAAAAUUCAAUUGACGAGAUCGCUAUUGACAACGUUACCUUUUAGUCUCCACCAAGACAAGAUGGUAAUCCCUCCACCAGUGAGACCUCCAAGAAUCACCGAGUUUCUGAAGCCAUACGUGUUGAAAAUGCACUUCACAAACAAAUAUGUCCAUGCUCAAGUCAUCCAUUCUCCAACACCAACAGUAACUGCUUCUGUUAGCUCUCAAGAAAAGGCAUUGAGAUCAAGCAUGGGCAUUACUCGGGAUGUUGCAGCUGUAGCAAAAAUAGGAAAAAUUCUUGGAGAGCGCUUGCUGAUCAAGGACAUUCCCGCUGUUACAGUCUUCUUGAAGAGAGACCAGAAGUAUCACGGUAAGAUCAAAGCAGUGAUUGAUUCUAUGAUAAAAGCUGGUGUGAAAUUACUUUAGAUUGUCGCGGGAAGAACUUUUAUGAUUGUAGUCCUUAGUUCAUAGACGUUCAGGCACAAUAUAGCUCUAUCAUGGGAAAGGUACACGUUAAUCCCCAAUUUUGAAGUGUAGGACUUUGUUUUAAGCAUGUUUUGUCUAUUUUACAUGUUGUCGGAUGAAUUGUAUUUAUGUUGUUCAUGGCCUAUGUACUAUGAAGCUCAUUUUCGAGUUUGAAAACUCUUGCCAUAUCCAGGGCCGUUCUUGACCAUAGACAAGGUAAGCAUUUGCCUAGGGUCCAGAGUUAGAAAGGGCCCUAAAAUUAGAAAACCGCUAGUUAAUGAAGUAGACACUUUUAAAUUUGCAAUUUAUAAUAGUUUUUUUUAUCAUUUAAGAAUUAUAUGGCACAUCAAAUUUUUAAUGCUAAAUAUAAUAAAUAGAAUUCGUAUUUGUUAUUUUUCCAAACACUCGUUUUAAGUUCAGAAUCAGCCCUCCACAGAGAGGGCCUAUUUCUUUCGCCUAAGGCGCAUACAAUGCCAGGAAUGGCAUUGGCCAUAUCCAUUGGUGUUGAACAAAAAAUGAUGAAAGUUUUUGCUGGAAACAGGAAACCUUAAGAUUGUUAACAAAGAGUUAACUGAAACCCACAUACAAACACAAAGAAUGUUCACCGCUAGAAUUAUUUAGUAGUACUGCUCAAGUUUAUAAAGUGACUUAUCGUCUUUUUCUUCUUCGAUGUGGAUAAUUCACAUGUGGGUAAUAAUGGGCAUUUUAAAAGGUUUGUGUUUUCUAGAACCAUCUAUGUACUUUGGUGACGGAAGUUGUUAAAAAUAUUGGAACUAGUAGAAGAGGACAAAGGAUCAUGGAGUCCUUUAAACUGUUUCUGAAUUUGGGUUGUUGGGUUGGUCGGGUUUUUGAUGGGUCAUAUUCACACAUUUUAUCCAUUAUGAGUAUGGUAUGGUCGUCGCUUUCAUUUUAUUUUCUGUAGCAAAGCUAUCGGCUCAUACGACAAAAUUUAUCACAAUUGAUUGAUUAUUAUUAUCAGCAAAAUAUGGGAGUUCAUUAAAAGAAUAUUAAUACAUUAUACAUCAAUACAUAUAGCGACAACUCAUAAUACAUAAAAGUUACUGUUUUAUGUCAAAUCACUAUGAGAAUACUAUGUAAAAUUUUACAGUUUUUUUUAUUAAAAUGUAUGAUGUAUGACAUUAAACAAGUUUCAAGGAAUAACUAAACUGGUUGAACUCUAGAAUUAUAUGUUAUAGGGCCGCUAGAGGUUU